AGGCCGUCAGAAAGGCGAGUGCAAGUGAACGAGAGUGGCGUCGAAGACUAUUUGGGGGACUCCGGGACGCUAGAUUAUUUUUUUGGCGGAAAGCCUGGCGCUCCGCACAUGGCUACGAGUACACUUAUAACGAUGGGUCCGGGACUCGGACUGGAUGAGCCUUUUUAUUCGGUGCUUAAGUCCCCGCUGGCUGGACACAUUGUGGAGGGAGACAGCGCUCUGUUUGCUGUGAAUGAAUUGAAGACCACUGGCGGCAGGCUUUUAAACGAUUCAUCUCAGACACAAACUGAGAUGGAGAAGUACUUGACCCAUCAGCUACUUCUUGAACCUCCAGCACCUGAGGAGAAGAAGUUUCGAAGAGAUGGUACCUCUGUAAUGGAUCAGUUCUUCAGUGAUGAUGAAGGGUCACCAUACAGCAUCAACAUGAACCUUCUCCUGCCUGAAAUGGCACAUUUGCGGUCUGGUUUAUUCAAACCCCAGAGACUACCCAUGCUUCCAAUCAAGACUGAACCAGUCUCCUACAGUCAGCAUCACAGACCCAGCACUAGCCCAAAGCAGACCCUUCCUGAAUUCACCAGUGUCUUCAGUUCUGCUGGAGGAGAUGUCAAUAGCAUCUUCAUUAAACAAGAGAUGCAUUCUCCUGAAAUCUCACAAGAGGCCCAGUUGUUUCAGCUGUUAAACUCUCCAGAGUUGGAUGCAUCCUUGUCUGUAAACCCAGCAGCCACUGGCAAUAAUCGUGUCCCUUUACCAAAUGUAGUGCCUCCUAUGAAUGAUCUCCAUGUUGCCACUCAACAGACUCAAGUGAAAUCAUUUCACAAUCUCCCAAACAACCCCUUUUCCGUGCCAACACAGUUUCUUCAGAGAGCCCAACAGCAGCACAGCGUUACCUGUUUUCCACCAUCGCCCCCAAGCUCUGAACCGGGAAGCCCAGAUAGGCAGACGGAAAUGCUCCAGAAUUUCUCACCACCUCCAUCCUAUGCAGCUAGUAUUGCCUCCAAGAUGUCAAUGCAAAAUCCAAAUCUAACCCCAACACUCCAAAUUCCACAGCAACCAAUGCCAGUCCGGUACAACCGCAGAACCAAUCCAGACCUUGAAAAGAGACGUAUACACCAUUGUGAUUUCCCAGGUUGUUCAAAAGUCUACACUAAAUCUUCUCAUUUAAAGGCUCACUUAAGGACCCAUACAGGUGAGAAGCCAUACAAAUGCACCUGGGAAGGCUGUGACUGGAGAUUUGCUCGCUCUGAUGAACUCACUCGCCACUACAGGAAACACACCGGUGCAAAGCCCUUCCAGUGUGCAGUAUGCAGCCGUAGCUUUUCCCGUUCGGACCACCUGGCCUUGCAUAUGAAGAGGCAUCAGAAUUAAGUCUUUGACCACCAUCUCCCCCACACAUCUUUGCAAAGUUUUCUCAGUUUUACAUGUAGACUUAUUAAUAAUCUGCAAAUGUUUUGUUGCCUUAGUUUGGUACUGCAACACAUUUUUACCUUAAGGUUUUCUUUUGGGCUGGGUGGGGGGCUAGUCUGUUGGGAAAUAUGGACAGUGUAAAAAAAAAAAAAAAAAAAAAAAAACUGGAAUAUUUUAGUAGUAGUAUACUGAGUGUAGUCAAACUGUUUUGAAGUAUAAACUAUUUUGAACUGUAUUUAUCUGAAGGUUUAAUACAGUUGCUCAUUAGCGAGCAGAUGUUUACUUUUGAUAAACUAUUUGCAGCUCCUACAAUCAAAACACUGUAUGUUUUGUGAUGUUUUGACCAAAGCACUGUCAGUCAUUGAGAUGGUGUUUGGUAAAUAUACCUAAGGUCACCGUAAUGUGCAAUGGAAAGGACAAAAGCUCCAGGUGAGGUUGGUGGGGGUGUGAAAGUUUGUGUGUGUGUGCAUAAAUAUAUAAUGUGUAUGUAUACUGUAUGUAUACAUACACACUAUAUGUAUAUUAUAUAAUGUCAAUUUGUAACCAAAGAACAAAAUUCAGAUAUUACUUGAAAUAAAAUAACAUGACUUUAUAAAUUUAGUUUCUUGCUGUUGAAGAUAGUUCUGAUUUUUUUUAUUUGUUUUUGGGUACUGCUGCUGCAAAAAUAAUACAACCAAAGACUUCAUUUUAUCCUUUUUUUAAAAAGUGCCUUCCAGAACCUAAGGAGGUUAUGAAAAUAAGGUCUAGUUAAUUCCCUGCAUUGUUUCAUUUUUCAAAAUUGGGUAUGAUGUUUUCUCGGUAGUACCCCCAGGGACUUCCCUUCAUUCAAGGUUCUUAAAAGAAGCUUAACUGUAAACCUCACAUAGGAGCAAUUUACAAAAGCCAUCUCAUUUCAAAAUCACUGUCUGAAAAGGAGGUUCCUUGUUCAGAAGUGUUAAUUUUUAAGCUGCAUAUUGCAAGCCUCUUGUGCUCACCUUCCCCAUGAUAAAAAGAAUGUACUUGUCUGGUUUAAUGCUGCAUAUUGCUGAUUAUCUUCCACUGCGGUCUGCAUUUAUUUUGACAUUUGGCCAAAUGUCGAUGUUGGCUUGCAAAGCUUUCCCGGUGAUAGACAUGUCUCCUUGUUUACAGACUAGAACGUGUGGUAUGUGGUACGCUUUGUACUGAUUUGUGUAUAUAAAUAUAUAUAUUGUUUUUACUAGACAAUGGUGAAGCCUAAUCUCAGACUAGCACCAUCUCUCCAAGUGCCUUCAUACAUAACACUACAAGUAUGCUGAAAGCAAUGUUUAUGUAUUAAAAAAAAUACUCAAGUUACAGCAUAACCUGCAUUUUCUAGUAUUUUAAGACCAUAACAAAUCCUAUAUGCUGUGUUAUUCAGUUCUCAUAAUUGGUUAUUUAUUUCUUUUAUAGUUAAAUAGAAAUAAAUUAUAAUCAUUGUAUACAAGUAAACUUAACGCCUUAAAGGAAUUGUAAAUAUUUGGCAUCAGAUGUAAAUAUUUUUUUGUAAAUUGCAAUAAAUGUCUUUAUAAUGUAUCUUAAACAAAGGAGCAAAAAUUAGUUACUGUCCUGCUUUGUGUUUUGUUUUUUUUUAUGGCAGAGCUGUGAGGUGAAAAUGCUUUCUGUAAAUAAAAUUUGAAGCAAACUUUCAAGGAGCUUUUAUCAUA